GAGUGGGACUGAGCUCAGUGAGAUGGGAGCUUGGUUAUUUAUUUUUCACUUACCUCGUUUAACUAAUUCUUGCUGUUUUUCUGCUUGAAAUGGAUAUCUAAAUAACAACCGGUAACCUUUUGAUCCGGAUGAUACCAAUAUUAUACUUAAAGGAGUGACUUUUGAUGACAUUUUUCAGUUGUGUGCUUUUCUCACAGUUUUGAUCCAAACUGUCUCGCGUUGAAUUUCGAUAAUGUUCGGAAGAUCGAGGAUCUAGAAACACAUGAUGCAGCAGGCGGUACAAAUGUGGCAGCAUACGAAGCGAGAAAAACAGGUCGGAUCUUACGAGUCACACAAAUUUUUGACGAGGUACAAUACCGUAGCCGUAGGCCCUUAUUCUCAAGUCGUAUAGAAGCAAAAUGGCCCAUGCUUUGAAGCAGACCUCUCCACGUCUAUGGAUGCUUCCUAGAGUCUGUCAGGAAUCCUGGGGUCAAAGGUCACGACCAGUCCUCCAGAGUAGAGUGCUCUCGUCACAACAUUCCUCAGAAAGUUUGAGAUCAGAAGGGGACCCGGGCAAAGAUGGGGGAGAAAAAGGAGAACUGGAUCUUGGAGAAGCGGAAGAACAAACAUUUGGCAAGCUUUCUACCAAGUUUAAACAUAAGUUUCAACCACUUGGAUCAGAUCUAAUCGAGGAACUUGAAGAAGCUGAGCUAGGUGAUGAAUGGGUUAAACCUCGUGUUAAGAGGAAUACUCCUAUUUGGUAUGGAAAUCAGAUGAAGAAACUUAUCAAGCAAGAUAAGUUAUCUGAAGCUAUUGAGAUGCUGGAAGUGACAAUGUUGAAAGAAGCCAAUGUGUUCCCUACAGAGUAUAACUAUAAUAUCCUGAUUGGUGCUUGUGGAAGAGCUGGCUAUACAGACAAGGCUUUCAAAUUAUACAACAGGAUGAAAGAGAGAGGCCUUGAACCGAGUAGUGUGACAUACACAUCACUGUUUAACGCAUGCUCGGAAUCACCAUGGAAACGGACAGACGGUGUGACAAGACUAAAGAAACUUCACCAACAUCUUCUGGAGAAAUCUGUGAAGGUGAAUCUAAUAACACACCACUCCAUGAUGAAAGCCUAUGCAAAGUGUGGUGACCUUGAAAUGACCUUUACACUGUUUCGUCACCUGGUGGAGUCUGGGGUACAGUUGAUGCCCAAGAGCUUUGCUUUCCUUCUCUUUGCUUGUGCUGAAGACAAAGAAGCCGGUUUCCUCUAUGCCAUUGAGGCUUGGAGACAGAUGAUGGCCCAGGGUAUCAAACCCGAUAUCUACACCUAUAACCUGCUUCUACGCAUCACAAGAGACUGUAGUCUUGGAGACAUAGAGGUGGCCAACAGGGUUCUUCUGCGAAGUGUUAAACUGAAGGCACAGCAGACUCCUGCAUUGCUGACAGAGGGUAGGGCCAAGGAUCAACAUAGAAAGGCUGACAGGCAGCAAAAGAAGGCUCUGGCAGUUCCUUUGCUGACUGGCAAGAAGGCAGAGAUGAUCGAGGUUGAACUGCUGCAGGUUGACGAUGGAUAUCUGGAAGGAUUGGAAGAUGAUCUGACAAUGAAACUUCCUGCAUUUAGGGAAUCCUCAGUUGGUCCAGAGAAGGUAGGUCAUGGAAGCAUUCGAAUGAACCAUCAAGGUCAUUCCCCCGAAGCAGAUUCCAAGACACACUGGUGGGACACUGAUGAGCAAGGUCUUAACACUUCUGUUGCGGAUCUGCCUGUGCAAACGUCUAACUCCUUAAUGCCAAGGACUUACACAUCAAGUCUUGAUAGGACAAGUGCUAGUGUUACGUUGACCAACUUGCCAAAUCUCCUGGAUGUCUCUUCUGAUUUCAGCAAUGUCCAAUCUCUUGCAAAGAUAGACAAUCCUGCUGAUAGACUUGCACUGCUGGGAGGACCUCGGGGACUUCUUGAGAACAUGGAAGCUAAGAACGUGAAGCCAGAUGUUAAAAGUCUCUCACUCCUUGCAGAGAUUCUUCCAGGAAAGAAACAGGAAGAGAAUCAACUCUUAGAAUAUGCCAAGGAACGCAACUUGAAGGUGGACAUUGAUUUCUAUAAUGUUUUCAUAAGACGCAGGACAAGAAGAGGUGAUCUGAAGGGUGCAAUGGCUAUUCUUAAGCAUGUCAGCGUUGGUAACACGUAUCCCAAUCUGAGGACGUAUGUUAACAUAGCGACGGGAUGUGGUCAACCUGAAGAAGGUUUCCAGUUGCUGAAAGAGAUGGAGGAGGUUGGGAUCAGACCAACAUGUCAUCUGUAUGGCGCUUUGAUCGGAUCUACCCAGAAACACAGGAACUAUCGAUACCUGAUCGAUGUCUUGAAGCACAUGGAAAGUCAAGGAGUGCUGCCUAAUGAGAGAGUGUUAACACAACUUGAGAGAAUUGCUGCUUUUGGACAAAACAUGGUCGGGCAAACGAGGAGAUCAAGUCAACCUAUCAAUAAGCGAGAACUGAAUCAAUUCAGGGGCUUUUAUAACCGAUGGCUGGAGCGAAUGAAAGUCCAGGUCCCAGAACACCCUUGGGCUAAAUACAGGACAAGAGAAAAGGCAUUGCAGGACUACAAGUUCCAUGAAACCUCAGUGUAGGAAUGACAUAAGUUUAGAUACAGACUUAAUCAAGGACAGAAAAAUAUCAAUUUAGGAGUCUCUAAUAUCCAUUGAAACUGAAACUGUUCAGAUGCCAAUUAUGCUGAGUGUGGAUGAAUUUAUGACCAGCAGAUAUUACAUGCCUCUGGAAAUGGCCUUGUGAUAAAGUCAUUAUCUCACUUCCCCUGGGGAGCGUUUCAUGAAAGGACUUGUAGGAUUUUUUAUCCGACAAGUCCUUUAUUAUCCGACAGUUGCCAUAGUUACAGUGCUCCUCAGCCAAUCAAGGAAAGUUGUCAGAUCUGACAACUUGUCAGAUGGAAUUGUUGAUAAAAGACUCCCCUGGCCUCAUAUUUGCCCAAGGAUAAGCCGAGCUUGGCCAAAGAAUUGCUCGCGGGGAAUGUACAUCAAGUUUGCUUUCCCCUGAAUAAAUUUCUAUUAGAGGUAUUUCCAAUGCUUUUCACAAAGUAUGGGGUCAGCAAAUAAUAUGCACUCCUUGUGAAAGCUGACGCUUGUAGAAGCAUUCUUGGCCCAAAUGAAGCCAGGGUCUUGUAACAUAAAGCAUAGCGAUUGAUCAUGGAGCUGAUUUUUAUGAUUGAUAAUACACAAUAAUCAAUGCUUAAUGUUAAAAUCAAUCUCAUGAUCAUUCACUAAGCUCUAUAAAAAUAACAAGAAUAAUAAAGGAUAUGUAUAGCGCACGUAUCCACCUUGUUAGGUGCUAAAGGCUUUCCUAUAAUAUUACCCCAGAUAAGCUAGUCGACCUUUUCCAGUGCUCACAGCUUUUUGAGGAAUUACUUACUGCCGGUACCCAUUUACCUCACCUGGGAUGAGUGCAGCACAAUGUGGGUAAAUUUCUGGUAACUUGACCAAGAGAAGAAAAGCCCCAAGUACCGUGAAAUUACAGCGUUUGUGUGGCUUUGCAAAGUUGGAAGUCAACAAGCUUUUAUGAUGGGAUUCUAAUGGACUGACAAAGUUAGAAUGACAGGAGUACAACAUAAUGAUAUAUUAUAUACUAAUCCUAACCCUUGGGCACCUUUCCAAAACUUAAGCAGGGCUCGACACUAGCGCCGGUCCGACGGUCCCAGACCGGUAAAAAUCACUGUCGGGCCGGUAGAUUUUCAGAAAUAGCAAGAUUUACUGGUCCGACAUGACCAGUAAGAAAAUAUCAUUGUCGGGCCGGUAAUUUUUCCAAAAAUAGCAAGAUUUAUGGGUCCGACAUAAACAGUAAUAAAAACCAUUGUUGGGCCAGUAACUUUUCCAGAAAACGUCAAAUUCACUAGUCCAACAUAAACAUAAAAAAUAUUCCAUGACUCAAAUUGCAAACCGCAAACCAUUUUCCUCCCGUUAAAUUCUGCCAUUCACACACAGAAUACACACAGAAUGAAUCGCAUGCAAUUUUUACUAGGGUAACAUACAGUGUACAUAUACAUGUGCACGUGGCUAGCCAGCCAAACAACACACAUGGUAAAUCUUCUACUGGCUGCACGAACGAAGCUUGGCGAAGCUUGGCAAACCUCUGGCAGAAAUCUCUCACAGAACUGUCAAAAUUCACAUUUCACACUAAUGAAAAGCUCUUAUAAUGUCCAUAUUUCCUAAAAAUUGGGGUAACUCUGUCAUUUGUAAGCAGUAAAAGAAGAAAUUUUCACUUCUGUUUUAGUUCAAAGAGAUCGGGUUUUGAGUGAUAUCGUCUGAAUACAUGAUAGCCCCACAUAUGCAUUUGUGUGUGUGUUGAUACACUUGGUUUAUUUCGUAGCUAUAUCUUAAUUGAGCCAAAAAGAAACUGAUAAUUUAUUUCUGAUAGUUUUAGCUUUCUUCCUCUGUUUUCUUUCUAUCUUUCUUUCCUUCUUUCUUUUGAAUCUUUCUUUGUUUCUUCCCUCUCUUCUUUGAUUUUUUUUGUUACUGUCUUUUUUCUUUGUCUUUCGUUCUUUCAGUCUUUCUGUCCUUUUAAUAUUUUUCUCUAUUUCUUUUUCUCUUUCUUUUUCUUUUUCUUUAAUUCUUGAGUCCAUCCAUCCUAUAUUUAUCUCUUCUUUCUUUCUUCCUUUCCUUCCUUCUUUUUACCCUUUCUUUCCUUCAUUCUUUGUUUCUUUCUUCAUUCCAUCCAUCCUUUCUUUACCAUUUCUUGUUUUUUAUUUCUUCCUUCUUUCAGCCCUUUCUCUCUUUCUUUCAUUCAUUCCUUCCUUUCUUCUUUCUGUCUUUUGUUUCUUUUUCCCCUCGUUCCAUCUAUCCUUUUACCUUUUUUUUUUUUUUUUUUUUUACUGUUUGCUUCCUUUCCUUCAUUCCUUCCUUUCUUUGUCUUUUGGUCUUUCUUUUUUUUCUUUCUUUCAUCUAUUCUUUUACAUUUUCUUUCUUUUUUAUAUUGCUUGCUUGCUUCCUUCCUUCAUUCUUUUUCCCUUCUAUCUAUCAUUUUACCUUUCUUUAUUUGUUCCUUCUUUCAAUAUUUUCUUUCUUUUUUCCUUCUUUCCAUCUCUCCUUUUACCCUUUCUUUCUUUUUUUAUUGAUUCUUUCCUUCCUUCAUUACUUUCUGUCUUUCUAUAUUGCUUGCUUCGUCGAUCAUUUCUUUCCUUCUUUCUUUCUUUCUUUCCUUCACAUUAAUCCUUUCUUUACCUUUUUCUUCCUUUCUUUCUUUCUCUUUUUUCCUUCUUUCCAUCUCUCCUUAUACCCUUUCUUUUUUAUUUUAUUGCUUCCUUUCUUUCUUUCCUUUUUUCAUUACUCUCUGUCUUUUGUUUUUUCCUUCCUUCUUUCUUUCUUUCCUUUUUUUCUUUUGUUCUUUCUUUCUUUCCUUCAUUUCCUUCUUUCUUUCUUUAGUUCUUUCUGUUUUCCUUCCUUCACAUCUAUCCUUUCUUUACCUUUUAUUUUUUCUUCCUUCCUUUCUUUUAUUAUUUCUUCCUUUGUUUCUUUUUGUCUUGCUUUCUUUUUGUCUUUCAUUCCUUCUUUUUUUUUUGGGGGGGGAGGUAACAAGAAAGGACAGCAAAAUAAACUCACGCCUUUUUUUAAUGUUUUCUUUAUUUUGGGGGACCAGUAGAUUUUAGGUUCGGACCAGUAAAAAAUGGAAAAACUGGGUAUCUACUGGUCCGACAUGAAUAGGUUGGACCAGUAGAAAAAAAGGGUUAGUGUGGAGCCCUGACUUAAGAGAGGCAUCUUUCAGACAGGAAUUCUGCAAGCAUCUCUGAUCCUCAGACUACAUGGGGAAUGGGGGAUAGAUGGUGUUGGAAAAAAACAUAAUUCCUUCAUAGCAAGAUUGCUGGUAAAAAAGUCACGGCAAAACUUUGGGUAUAAAACAUGUCCCAUCGCCAUUGCAUUAACCUGAACUAAAAUACCUGGUACCUCUCACAACCCUUACCCUAGGUCUUCAGAGAAUUUAAGAUUGGACCCAUUGUCACAGGAACAAAUUUGUGGUCACCUCAAGUAACAUGAGACUUUACACAAUGGAGGUUGAAAAGGUGUGAAAUUGAUGAGUAACAAAUUAUUAGUUUUAUUUCAAUAUAUAUAAAGGGAAAACAUGUAUAAAAAUAAAUGAUUUGCAUGGUUUUACCUAUUAAAGUAGAUACUUGUUUACAUUCUUUAUGCUCGAAAUAGUGCAUUUUGUAAAAUCAGCAUGAAUAUACAAAAAGAAUUCCCAGGCCCUGUAUCACAAAUCUUAGUGAUUGAUCAUCAGCUGAUUUUUAUUGAUUGCAUUGAUCAUUAUGUGCAAUCAAGCAUUCAGGGCCCUGUCUUACAAAGAGCUACGACUGAUCCACACCAUAUUUUUUUCUACAGGAAAUUUGCACAAAUCUCCUUAGUAAACAAAGAGAAUCACACUGAAUCUUCAAGAGAAUGAUGGAUGUAUGAAUAUACAUCAUAUCUAGAAAAUAUUUAGAACAAAUUUUCAUUUUAAAUAUUGACAUUGCUGGCUGUCCAUUUUUGUGUUAGGACAGAUCAAUUGCAACUUUUUGUAUGACGGGGCCCAGGUCAACUUUGUGAUCUAGCACUUAGCUUUGUGUUACAGCUCCAGAAUAAUUGUUCAUGAAACCUAAAAAUUUGUUUAGUAAUUGAACUGGCCGCAUUAAGUUACCUGCUAAGGGCACCUUACCAGGGCCCCAAAACACAGGAAGCAAUCAGAAUUAUUUCAAAUAUGUUUUUCAUAUCAGCGAUGAAUCGCUAACAAGACAGUAGGGAAUGCAUUAAACGGCUGUGAAAGACACUUGCUUUCUUUAUAGCAGGAUACUUACUCAUUAAGACAUUGCACAAACUGCUUUAUCAAGGUUUUUUUAAUAUGACCAGUGGAAAGUGAUUCCUUUUUUCAAGUUAGGCAUGACUAUGGAAAAUGGGGUAUGAUGUGCAAAUUGGGAGCCACAAGUUAUCAUGAGAACAAAAUAUUCAGGAAAAAAUAUAUACUAUUCACUGUAGACUUAAAGCUAUUGCAAUUGACUUGGUUUGAUACACGCAUUUGGCUUUGUCAUACUACAAACAUUCAUUAGGUCAUGCCUUACUUCAGGAACAGCUUUAUGUAAUGGCCUCCUGGUUAUGCAUCAUUAACUCAAACACU